GCCUGUAUUAGGUGUUUUAUGAAAAGGCGCACGAAGGCAGCAGGCGUGGCGCAGACACUUCCGCCUUCCUCCAAAGCCCACAGAAAAUGACGGCGACUUUGCGGCCAUACCUGAACGCUGUGCGCGCCACCCUGCAGGCAGCCCUAUGCUUGGAGAACUUCUCCUCUCAGGUGGUGGAACGGCACAACAAGCCAGAGGUGGAAGUCAGGAGCAGCAAAGAGUUGCUGCUGCAGCCGGUGGUAAUCAGCCGCAAUGACAAAGAGAAGGUUCUGAUAGAGGGCUCUAUCAACUCUGUGCGGGUCAGCAUUGCCGUCAAACAGGCGGAUGAGAUCGAGAAGAUCUUGUGCCACAAAUUCAUGCGGUUCAUGAUGAUGAGAGCGGAGAACUUCUUCAUCCUCCGAAGGAAACCUGUGGAGGGCUAUGACAUCAGUUUCCUCAUCACUAACUUCCACACGGAGCAGAUGUACAAGCAUAAGUUGGUGGACUUUGUCAUCCACUUCAUGGAGGAGAUUGACAAGGAGAUCAGUGAGAUGAAGCUGGCUGUCAACGCCCGUGCUCGAAUUGUCGCCGAGGAAUUCCUCAAAAAUUUUUGAGGAUCUGUCUCUGGAUUCGUUCUGCUCCCGACUUGGCCGACGCUGUGGUUCCCAUGGAAAGUGAGAGAGUGAGUGUGAGAGAGUGAGAAAGAGAGAGAGGCAUUGCAGACUUCUAAAGCUCCGCAGACAAAAAGGGAGGAACCUAUUGUGAGUUACGAAUCAAUCAGCAAACAGAACCACUGGAAAGAAUGACCAAUCCUGCAGUGCCGAAUGCAGUGUCCCCUUUGCCUUCCGUCUUCUGUUAAAGGUGCUUCUUGUUCCCAUUGAUAAUUUUAUAUUUAAAAAAAAUACAUUUUAUUAUCCCCAUUUUCUGUUGAGAGAGAAAAAAAACACAAGGUCAAGGCAGGUCCUUAAAAAGUAUUAUCCAAAAUGAAUAUUGAUGGGCACAGGAAAUACUCUUAACAUGUUGUUAAGUCUACAGUGGCUUGUAUUUUCUUUUCUUUUUUCUUUUUUUUUAAGUUUGUCUUUUAUAUACAUGUACUCCAAGUGUUUUUUUUUUUUUUCAUUUGUUGUUAUAUAAAAGAAAAAAAAGAAUCAAACUUCAAUGUUUGUGACAUCAAGAAAGGUAACUAAAUGAAAAGUUGUGAGUGUUUAUAUUUUGACACAGCCAGCCUCUGAUUAAAAAAAGUGAAAAGAAGUGACUGCAUAAGAUGUAAUACUGAUGGUAGCGAUAAAAACCAAUAAAAUUAUAUUGCGCUUUCUGUA